CACUUGCUGCGUGGACGACUACAUCCGCUCCUGAAUAAAAUAAAACAUAAGCAAACUUCUUUUAAUUAAUAAAAAAUCUUUGCUAUAACAUAUGUAAUCUUUGCUUUUAAUCGUACCCUUAAUAGCUCCUACCAGUUCAUUAGCACCAAUGUGGCAAGUCACUCUGGCCAGUGAAUCGAUGUGCGCUAUAUCUUCACUGAUGCCCGGGGUAGCAGCUGUGACGUCAAACAAAGCUAGGUUGCUCACCAGUGGGUUCAUUUUAAGCAAUAAAGCUAGAGGUUGCCCGAUUCCUCCUGUGGCUCCAGCAACCAUGACUUUGUAGUGCCUCUGAGAACAUUAUUAAAGCAAUCACCUGGAUUAUAAUUAACAUAAUGUAUAUUUAAAAUUAGAGAUUUCAUUUCAAAUUCGAUGUUUAAUUUUUCUAUAUGGGCAAAUUAUUUUCCGUUAACUGAUAAGACAAGAUAAGCAUGUGCAUAUUCUAAAUUAUGCCAACUGUAGAUAAUAUUACUUAGCAAAACUCACUACUGCUUUUUUUGUAACUGUGAAAGCAUGGGGUUCCUUGGCUGCAAAAGUUCUCAGAGAACAGAAAAACAUCAUAUAAAUAUAUGAAUAAUUAUGUUUAUAAUUUGAUUUUCUAAACGAUAUUAGUAUAAUCCAAAUAGUCUACUUUAUUUUGAAUUAUAUAUUUUGCCAACUUUUACAAGAUUCUUCUUAUCUUUUACUGACAUAUACAUUAAUUAUAUUUCAAAGAAACGUCAGAUCUCAAGCAAUAUCCUAAAACAGAGUUCGUCACACGAAAGAAGUCCCUGGGAUCACAAUUUUUUAGUUUUUAUUACAAAGACAGAAGAAUUAUGCCGCGGGACUUCUUUCGUGAGAUACACUUUACGUCUUAUUAUAACAUAUUAUAUUCCCGUUCCUCACUGUCAGAGACUUGAUCAUAGAAAAUAACUUUAUGAUAAAAGGGAUUUCUUUAUAUUCUUUUAUUUUAAUUUACAUAAAUAGACACUAGAUGACGACUCUAGCAAAAGCUGAUUUUUGCAGGAAACGAAUGGACCAAAGAUACUAAGUUCCGUUCCUUUUUAAAUAAUAUGUAAAAAAAAAAUGUUAAAUCCGAAACUUAGAUAUCAAUACAAAUACGAAAAAGUUCAAAUAGAAUAUGAGUUGAUUAUUGAGAUAUAUGAAAGAAAUCCAGAAUGAUUAUAACGGAGAAAUCAAGACGGUCCCGUUGCGACGUCUAGUUUGAUUUCGGGAACUAAUUUUUUUUUUAAAUGCUUCCUCAUUCUUAUUUUCAUGCUUGUAACGUUAAUAAUGAAAAAUAUUUUUGCUAUAUUUUUACUAGUUGCUAGCAACUUCAUUAGUCACUAAUAGACUAAACAGUCCGUUUGCCGUAGAUGUAUUUUACUCUUAGACUAAGUAACAAUGCCAUUUGUAAAUAUUGUAAAUUUGAAAACUGCGACCUUGAACAUUUAUUUUUUAAUUGUACAUAUUUCAAUAUACAACGCCUUCUGUUUAUUGGUUUAUAUUCUGAAACAUUACCUUCCAAAAAUUUUCCUCGAAAUGUAAAAGAGCUACUGAAGUUACAAGAGAUUUAUUGUAUUAUUUAUUAUUUUUAUGUGAAUACUUUUGGUCCCUUAUAAUUUAACUUUAAGACUGUACUUUUAAAAUAGCUUGUGUUGUGUUUUUUAUUAUUUAUGUUUGUUUUUUUUUCGUUUGAUUUCUCUAUAAGUUUUAUUAUAUUAUAGAAGUGCAAUAUUUAUAAUUGCUCGUAUUAUUGUAAGUUUGUUUUGUUAAAAUUUUUCAUUGGUACUUAAUGUUUAAGCUGUUGGCCAGUGUAGCCAAGUGAGUCAAUUAUUCAAUAAAAAAAAAAUUGUUAAGUUGUCAACGUCAAGUUCUAUGUUGGAGUUGUUUUUGAUGGACUUCUUUUUUCUGGCUUCAAGUUUCUAAACAUUAUUUUAAGCUCAUUGUAAACAUUUAAGGAAAUUAAGAGUCAUAAAAAAUGAACGUUAUUCAAGCAGUGAAAAUGUAUAUAACCAAAAUGACGGAAGAGAGUGGACCAGGAAUGAAAGUUAUACUAAUGGAUAAAGAAACUACAAGUAUCAUAAGUAUGGUAUACAGCCAAUCAGAAAUAUUGCAGAAAGAGGUGUAUUUAUUUGAACGCAUUGAUAAUCAAAGUAAAUGGGACAAUUUGAAGCACAUGAAGUGUAUUGUAUUCUUAAGGCCAACAUCGGAGAACAUUGCAUUGCUAUCUAGAGAGCUAAGACAUCCCAAAUAUGGAGUGUAUUUUAUUUAUUUCAGCAAUGUGAUAUCAAAGUCUGAUGUUAAAACAUUAGCAGAGUGUGAUGAACAGGAAGCUGUUAGGGAGGUCCAGGAAGUUUUUGCCGACUAUCUUGCAGUUGAUCGACAUCUCUUUUCAUUCAAUAUAACAGGUUGCUUACAUGGUCGCAUGUGGUCCCAGCAGCAUCUGCAGAGAUGUUCUCAAGGUCUCCUAGCAUUACUGCUGUCGUUGAAGCGUCGUGCCGUGGUCCGAUACGAGGCCGCGUCGGAACCUUGCGCUCGUCUCGCUGAACGUGUGCGAGAUCUGCUGAGGAGGGAGGCGGUCCUCAUAGAUAACAAUAUACCGUUUAAUGGUGAUAUGCCAAUGCCACAGCUUCUGAUAAUUGAUAGGAGAGAUGACCCAGUCACACCUUUGCUUAAUCAGUGGACGUACCAGGCCAUGGUGCACGAGUUGCUCGGCAUCAGUAACAACCGCGUGAGCUUGGCGCACCUGCCCGACGUGCACAAGGACUUCAGAGAGGUCGUACUCUCUUCGGACCAGGACGAGUUCUAUGCUAAGAAUCUGUAUUCCAAUUUCGGUGAGAUCGGGCAGACGAUGAAGUCACUAAUGGAAGAAUUCCAACGCAAGGCCAAGAGUCAUCAGAAGGUGGAGAGCAUUGCCGAUAUGAAGAAUUUCGUUGAGACUUACCCGCUUUUCAAGAAAAUGUCUGGUACAGUGACUAAACACGUGACAGUGGUGGGUGAGUUGUCAGCGGCUGUAGCGCGACGGUCGUUACUGGACGUGUCCGAGCUGGAGCAGGAACUCGCCUGCCACGCGGACCAUGCCAGACAUCUGCAGCGUCUCAAAGGUCUCCUAUCGAACGAGUCUGUGAGUGAUCACGACGCGGCGAAACUGGUAGCUCUAUACGCCCUCCGGUACGAGAAACACGCGAGUAACGCCCUCACAUCUCUGAUGGAUGCCCUAAAGGGGAGGAACUGUCCGGAACACUUGAUGAAGGCGGUCGUGAAUGUACUGGAGUACGGUGGGGCUCAUGCCAGACAGAGUGAUCUGUUCGGUUUGCAGGACGCUGCUAAAAUCACUAAGAGACUUUUCAAGGUAAGUAGUGUCGUUCAUUGGUUACAUGUAAUCUAUUAUUUAACUUAAAAUGGUGAUGCAGCAGUUUCUGGUUCGAAUCCAGAAAUCUCAGGUGUCUGACGCGAUCUAGUUUGUAUUUUUAUAUAAUUUCUGUUUUUGACCACUUCGCUAGAUGUCGACAUAUUAAAAUAUGAAACUUUUAUUUUGUUAAAUCAUUUAUAAUAUUUGUUAAUAAUGUUAUAAUUAAUUUGUCGGUCGGAAAUUGUGAUAGCGGAGUGUACAUGUCCUAAUACAUAAUAUAAUAUUUCAGGGUUUGAACGGCGUCGAAAACAUUUAUACUCAACAUACCCCACUUCUUAAGGAUACACUCGAAGAUCUGAUCAAAGGCAAACUAAGGGAAAAUCUCUACCCUACUUUAGGUGGCGAUGACGGCUACGGAAGGCGUCCACAGAAUAUUAUAGUGUUCAUAGUAGGAGGGGCUACUUAUGAGGAAGCGUACUGUGUACAUCAAAUCAACCAAGCUUACCCCGGAGUAAAUGUUGUGUUGGGAGGCACCACCAUUCACAAUUCCACGUCUUUUCUCGAUGAAGUCAAAUCGGCUAUGCAAGGUGUACACAGAACACACACAAGGCAUAUUAAGAAUGUGUGAUAAUGAGGCUAUAUGAAAACAGAUUUGUACAGUGCUGUAUCUACAGGUUAUAAAAACUGACUAACCAAACCGCCUUUCUCUCCAAGCCAAAGGAGCCUCAGUUCAAAAGGCCGUGAGAUU